AAUGCUGGCCUUGCUCUUCGCGACGCCCGCCCUGCGGUUCACGCCCGCGGCGGUCACGCCAAAGGCCGCGGCGACGACGGCCCUCGCCGCGCGCCAGGCGGCACCGGUCAUGCAAAUGACGAUGAUGCGCGGUGAACGGCCACCGCCCUUUUUCGUUCCGCUGCCUCCAUCAGUCCACAACAGCCACCUCCCAAAUUCUGCCGCGAUUUCGCGUAAUCCCUUUUCACAACGGCACCGUCCGUUCUUCGCAGGCGGGUACGGACUCUCCCGCUCGAUGUACGCCCUUACUCUGGAGGGUACGGGUACGGCUCGAUGUCGAUGUACGGCGGCCCGCGCACGGACCUCACCGCUGAGCUCGGCCUCGGCGUCAACGGCUACUACAACGGAUACUACCCCUACUCGGGAGGCUACUACGGCGGCGGCUACGGCGGCGGCUACGGCGGCGGCUACGGCGGCAUGUACGGAGGCAUGUAUGGGUACGGCCGCGGCAUGUACGGCGGAUAUGGCGGGUACGGCGGCAUGUACGGCCGCUCGCGCGCCAUGGACCGGAUGUACUCGCGUUCGUACGGCGGCUACGGCGGUGGCUAUGGCGGCUACGGCGGGUACGGAAGGAUGGGCGGAUACGGCGGGUACGGCCGCGGCGGCUACGGCGGCUACGGCGGCUACGGCGGCUACGGCGGCUACGGCGGCUACGGCGGCUACGGCGGCUACGGCGGCUACGGGAUGAUGGGCGGCUACGGGGGCUACGGCUACGGCUGGUAGACCGCAUCGCCCUCUUUCCCUCCGGGCGGCGGGCGAGGCGCCCGAAGCCAAGCCGGGGCGCCCCGCCGCCGCCGCAAAGCAUGAUGCGGCGGGCGACAGCCGAGAGAGAAUGGGCAUGAGGGAUCUUGAGCGCAACUUGGCGCGCAUGCUGUGCGGCACUGAACCUAGCUGACUAAUCUUCGAGCCGGAACUCUCGAUCGUAGUGACGAUGUGGGUUGUGCGGGGCUCCCGUGCGGUACUCCUUUGUGCGCGCUGAGCGGCAGUGUGGCCACAGUGCGGCGUGCGAUGUAGUGAUCACUAGUGUUAGUGUUAAUGUUAGAUUAACGCGUAGAAGGGUUGGGUUAUUACU